UUCGGCCCUCUGUUUUCGCCGCUAUUCAUCGCGUUUUCGUCACUCUUUCAUUUUCACUCGAUCGCGAAGGUUGUGUGUGCGUGUGCGUUUUUUUCCCCCCGUUUUUUCCCAGGCGAAAUUCCGUGUGUGUGCCGCGUAUUUAAUUGAAGCUAAAACCAGGCAAGGAAAAGCAGCCAACAAGAUGAGGCAUCUGAUGUUCCUAAUGCUGAUGGUCCUGCCCAUCGUCAUUUGCACCUUCUCGACGCCCAGCAAGUUCGGUGCCUAUGCCGCCGAGGCGGUGGAGGACGACCUGGUGGACGUGGACAGUGAAGAGGGCGCUGUGACUGGCGAGGAUGCGGAGGCGGACGAGGACAGCGACACGGGCAGCAGCAGUUCGCCGAACGCGGACACCUAUCUGCUCUUCACGAAGCCAUUGUACACACCCGGCCAGCAGCUGGAUCUGCCCGGCGGCAAGCCCGUGGAGUUCCUCAUCGGAUUCACGAACAAGGGCGCCGAGGAGUUCGUGAUCGAGACGGUGGAGGCCUCGUUCCGCUAUCCCAUGGACUUCAACUACUUCAUCCAGAACUUCUCGGCGGUGGCCUACAACCGGGAGGUGAAGCCGGGCUUCGAGUCGACCGUUUCGUACACCUUCCUGCCAUCGGAUCAGUUUGCCGGCCGUCCCUUUGGCCUGAACAUUGCCCUGGCCUACCGCGAUGCCAAUGGCAUUCAGUACAACGAGGCUGUCUUCAACGAAACGGUGCUGAUCUCCGAGGUCGACGAGGGCCUCGACGGCGAGACCUUCUUCCUGUACGUCCUGCUGGCGGGCAUUGUGGUCCUGCUUCUGGUCAUCGGACAGCAGUACCUGCUGGGCAGCUCCGGCAAGCGCAAGCGUGCCGCCGCCAAGAAGGUGAUCGAGACCGGAACGGCCAACGACAGCACCAUCGACUACGACUGGGUGCCCCAGGAGACGCUGCGAGCCCUGCAGAAAUCUCCGCCCAAGUCGAAGACGCCCAAGACCUCCCCCAAACCGAGCAAGCAGGCCAGUCCCAAGGCCGCCAGCCAGCAGAGUCCCAAGCAGCGCAAGGUAAAGCGUUCCGCCGGCGAUGACUAAAGUCAAUCCGCUCAAGACUGCACAUAUCCCAACAACAACAACAACAACAACAACUGCAACAACACCAACGAAUGAAAGGCAGCAGCCCAAGAAACAACAACAUCAACAUCAACAACAACAACAUCAGCGGCAGCUGGCCAAAGCAGCAACAACAACAAAAAAAAAACCCCAUUUUCAUCCUAUUAUAGGGAGCAGAGCAUUCAGUUUCGUAAUUAAUUAGUUAUGUUAUUAUCAUGUUCGAUCAUUUCUAGAGAUACUAUCAUAAUAUUUUUUUUCGUCUAUCGCGAGAUUGUUAGUGUUUAACGAAGAAAAGGAAAAUAACGAAUAACGAACGUUUCCACAGUUUUGUUUUAGAAAUUUGAACUUUGAAAUGCCCAACUGCACACAUACUCCAACGACAAAAAAAAAAGCCAACAAAAAAUGAAACCUAAAGAAAUUCCUUUGUGAAAUUGUCUUCGUUUGUUGAAGACACAUUAUAUAGAAAAGAGGAGCAGCUUAGAGAUUGAAAUAUCAAGCGAAAAUGAAAUAAAUACCGAUUGAUUGAGAUGUAAGACAGGCGAAAAAAAAACAAAAAAACCUUCCAUUUGUACGAUACAUUUUAAAUUAGUCCUAUUAUUACAAA